AUGCUUGCAGUUAUACUCACUCUAGUAUUAAAAUUUGCCAUACUUGUACCAAAGAAGCAAGAUAUUACCACGGCAACAUUACCAUCAUCGACGGCAACGGCAACACCACCAAUAGCAACGACAACAUCAUCAACAGCAAUGACAGCAUCAUCAACAGCAACAACAUCAUCAACAGCAAUAACAACAUCAUCAACAGCAACAACACCUUUAACAACAACUGCAACCACAACUCAGCAAUCAGGUAAGCUGUAG